GCGCACACUACCGAACAGUCUGCGUUUCUUCAACGCAGUUUGUGUCGCGCAAACGCACCCAAGAGUGACGUGUGCGCAGGAUGCUUGAUGUAAACAAGGAGGAACAAAAUGGAUCCCCGGUAUAAAGAGAUCCUUCGGCAGAAGAGGAGAGAUCUUGUGUUGAGUUUAGAUCCUUCAGAUGUCUACGAUGGACUUCUGUCGAGGGGCAUCUUUACUGAUGAUAUGAUUGAUGAGAUCAAGACCUCUGGACCCAGACGUGCUCAAGUCAGGCAGCUGGUCAGGGAUCUAGAGACAAGAGGAAGUCGGGCUUUCACAGCCUUCCUGGAGUGCCUUCGAGAGACUGGACAGGACACUCUGGCUGAACUGCUGGAGAGAGGGGAUUCGGCUCCUGUUCCUCUACCUGUUCUUCUCCCUGUGCAGCCGAGCCUAAUCCCGCUCCCUGUCCCAUGGAAUCCUGUUGAUUUUAAAAAGCCAGAAAGAGGUGAUGCUCCUGAGAAGCUGAUUCCUUUGAAACCAAAAACGUUACCUAUUGUAUCCCCAGGUAGUGUAGAUGAAAUUGGAAUACCCAGAUCACCACGGCUCAGGAGUGACAGCAUACAGUCCUAUAAGAUGGAUGCCAGGCCAUGUGGAGUCUGUUUGAUUAUCAACAACGUGGAAUUUGACGCUGGCUCUGAGCUAAAGAAUCGCACAGGGUCAGACAUCGACAGCGAAAAGCUGGAGAGACGAUUCAGAUCUCUCAGCUUUCAUGUUAUUGCUAAGAGGAACUUAAAAUGCAAACACAUACGACAUGAGCUGUCCACCCUAGCUAAAAUGGAUCAUUCUGUGUACGACUGCUGUGUGGUGGUCAUAUUAUCACAUGGUACUGAGGCAAGUCAUAAUCGCUUUCCUGGAGCAGUCCAUGGUGUGGAUGGUCCCUCAGUCCCAGUGCAGAUCAUCACUAACUACCUCAAUGGGCAGAACUGUCCCACUCUGCAGGGCAAGCCUAAACUCUUCUUCAUCCAGGCUUGUGGAGGAGGUGAUACAGAUACAGGCUUCGAGGUCUCUCCGGAUGAGGUACAGCAGACAUCAUUGAGGCUUGAUGAGCAAACAGACGCCAUCCCCACAUCCUCCAGCAGUGACUCGCUGAGCUUGUCUGAUGAGCCAGAUGCUCGAGCCACCCUUCCCACACCCAGCGACAUCCUUGUGUCCUACUCAACCUUUCCAGGAUAUGUAUCAUGGAGGGACACAAACACAGGCUCCUGGUAUGUGGAGACUCUGGAUCGUAUACUGGAGAAUAAUGCUGCCACUGAUGACCUUGCCACCAUGUUAAUAAUGGUGAACAAUGAGGUCUCUCAAAUAUCUGCCAAAGGCCUGUACAAACAGAUGCCUGGAUCUUUCAACUUUCUCCGGAAGCUGUUCUACUUUCAGGUCUUCAAGGCAUGAUUCUUUACUGAUGUGCUUAAAAAUGAAAAAAUGAAUAAAUCCGGAGCAUCAAGAUGGAAAAUGGUUAAUAUUGAUUUCAAUUUUUUUAACACCAGUUUGCUUGGCUACUGAAUUAAAUCCAGAAACUAUAACUAGACAUAUCGGUGUACUGUAUAAAUAUAUGUGUUUACGGUGUUCAAGCUGUUUUUUGAUUCCUGGAGCAUAGAUUUUCUACAAUAUUUCAUAAUGAAUUUUGUUCCCUUUUUUUAAAUGAUGAUGAAAAAUACCAAAUUCAUCCAGAGAUUCAAAUAAACUGAAAUCCAGUAUGAAUUGCUAA